CUCAUAAAAAACAGUGUGAUUGUUCUAAUAAUUUUUUUUUAUAACUAGGAAUAAAAAUCUUAUUUUACUACACUUUUGCAUAGAAAAGGACCAUGAUAUAGGAUGACAAUGAUUGGGUUGAGUCGGGUUCUGUCAUAUCCAAACCCAAUCUAAUGGGUAUCCCCAUAAAAAAGCUCGGAAAAUCCCAAUGAGUUUUGAAAUCUCAAAUCCAACUCAAUCCACUGGGUACUGAUAAGUUUAUGGACAAAAAUGGAGUAACACCAAUUUUACCUCGUUUUUUUCCGUUGAGAACUUGAAAAUCGAAGACUUGAAGCUUGAGUUAGUAGAAUCGAUGUUAAUCUCUAAUAAAAAAAAAGCAACCUAACAACAAGAGAGUGAGAAACAACAUAAUUAAUUUAGGAAUUAGGGUUAACUUGUUAAGCGUUUGUGGGUUUGGUGCGGGUACGGGUGGGAGUGGGUUAGAUAUGGCUAAACUCGAACCCAAUUGAAAUCGCGAAACAGUAAAGCGAGUUUCAAUUCAAACCCGACCCGCAAUCCAUCAUCGGGAUUGUUGUCAUCCCUACAAUCCAGCAAUGAAAAUGAAAAGAUAGAUCAUAGAUUAUCUGUCGUUGUCUGAAAAUCAAGAAAUCUCUUUGUAUUCUUUACUUUCUUGCAUUGUCGAUUCCGGAUCCGUUCUAACAAAACACUAUGCUCCACUCAUUUAUGCACGUAUUAGAAAAUGUUUGGUGUCACUUUAAACAAUGACCCUAAUGGAAAAUCAUGCAUGUGAAAUUUCAUCAAACACUCAUUGAUUCAUACUAAUUGGCCGGCAGUAAGAAUCAAACACUAAACGUUAUAGCUACCAAAAGCUGAGUGUACAUGAAAGUUACAUUGUUGUUUGAACAUGAUAUAUGACACGAGGGAUGUCAAAACUUCCUCCAAUAGUUAAAGCAUAUACAACGCUUUCUAAACCACCCAUUACGAAAUAGGAAAGUGAUACAGAGUGUUGAACGAAAAUCCAAGAAGAAAAAUUGACGUACCCAAUAAUUCACGUAAAAAUUUACACGCUAAGAGCUCGACCCAAUCUCUCUCUAUAUAUAUAGACUUAAUAUUGAUCACGUUGAUAUCAACAAGUACAAAUUCCAUCAACAAACACUCUAGCAACAUUUAACGACCAACUUUAGUCGUCAUGGGGAGAGCAUCCGCGACCAACUUGGUCGUCUUAUUUCUCUUGGCCGUUGCCACAAACAUUGCCGUCGCUAAAAUGCUUGAUGAUUCCGACGUUGCUGUCCAAAGCCUUCCUGACAGUACAAGUAUUCCUUCCAACGCUGCUUCCGCCGCCGCCACCGCCGCUAAAGGCCUUGCUGCCGCUGGUAAUGAUGAGGCGAUGGCGGCCCCCGACGGCGGCGGUGACCUAGGAGGCAGUUACGCUGACGAAACCGUCCCUAAAAGUAAGGGCACGAGCCAAUUAAGCCGUAAGCUUGGAGGGGAUGGUGGUUAUGGUUACGGUAAUGGUAAUAUUGGUAAUUAAUGAUGGAGACACUCGUAAUAAUAAUCAUAAUCAUGAACAUCAUCAUUAAGGUUGGACAUCUAAGAUCUCAUGAUUACCUUUACAUAUAUGUAAGCUUAUGUGGAGUACUACAUGAAGUUAGGCACACCUAGCUUGCUUGCUAGUACUUGUAUUGGUGUGGUUAAAUGUAUCAAACUUCUGUAUUGAUCGGUUAAUCCUUGGCGCUUCUUUGCUGCAUUCCGAUUUUUCAUUCUGCUGUAUAUAUGUUCGGAUGGUUACGGGUUGAGAAAAAUGAUGAUCACGUAUGAAUGUCCAACCUGUGAAAAAUCCAGGUUGAGCUAUCAAUUAUGUAAAUCUUAAAUUGCUUGUACAAUCACUAAAUGCACGCUCUCGUAUAUGUUGAAUAUUGUUCGUAUAAGCGUUUUCCACAUGAAACACUUUUGGUAGGGGCAUUUUUCUUCGAACGUUAAGACCAUCUCCCAUAAGGGAUUCCAAAGUUACCAAAAUUUGGAGGUAUACUUGGCAUUCUAGUUCCUUUGUUGUUAAAAGGAAGUACGAGUUCAAUGACUAAGUUUACCAACACAGAAGGUUCAGUGACUAAAACGUAAAAGGUCAA